ACCAAUGAAGGACAAGAACUUGCUAACGAAUGGAAAAUCCCGUCCACUAUAACACUGAUUGUAGUGCAUUUGAUUUAGUCUUUGAAUUUGCGAUAAUCUUGUGUCAUGUUCUGAUAUUGGGAUGGAUAAUCACUAAAAAGUAACUCUAAAUAGUACAAUGGAUAUUUGCGACAUAUCUUUUGACGAAGAACCAAGUACUCUUUUAAAGAACCUUUACACAUAUCUCCUUUUUUACAUGUCUCCUAUAAAUGUCAUUCGUCGCAUUGUUUAAUCAUCAGGUAAACCUAGUCGGUUAUAGGUAUAGUAACAUGUCUUAUGGAAAGAUGUUUCUCUUCCUUCCCCUACUUUCAGCUGCUUACAAUCUGAAUAUAACAAAUUAUCAUAGCUGGAAGUCUGGAACUGGGCCGAAAAAGCCCAAUUUCUUUUGUCAGGACAUUUGUUUCACUCGGGAAGAGCACGACCGAUGUUGCUCAUGCGAAGGAAAACCGAUCUGGGAACUAAAUCCAAACAUCAGCUAUCUUCCAGUGUACGUUGAAUACAUCAACACAUUCGGGAGGUCCAAAAUUCUCGGAAAUGAUUCCACUGCCUCCUUCCACUGGCUACGUCAUGAAAAUGGCAGAAUGAACCGUUUACCGGACAAUUUAUGCGAAUAUAACGACACCUUGGUUACUUUAAGCCUAAAAGGAAACAAAAUACAAAGUAUUGAAGGAAUUAACUGCAUGCGACUUUCGGAUUAUCUAGAUUUAAGUGAUACUUCAAUUUUAUCCGUUUCGAACGAAACAUUUUCUGGCAUGCCGAAUUUACGAGUCCUUACCAUGAUGAAUACUAACAUACGGCGUCUUGAACUGAAUACUUUUAUGGCCACUGAAGGGACGGACAUCUUUGUUACGGAUUUAUCGAAAAAUGAUUUCCUUUCUUUCGAUAUCUCUAACGUGUUCUUUAAGCGUAGAGCCUAUUGCGACAUCGCUUUGGUUAGUUGUAACAUUACAUUCACUGGGACAAACGAUAUAGAUUUAUCAUUGGAUAAUUCGUAUGGCGGAGGAGAACUUGUCUGUGCUGAUUCUAAUAUUAACACACACCCGAUUCAAAUGAUAUUUGGAAAGACCAUGUGA